GUUAUGAUCCAGCUUCUGCUAAAAUCAUCCUUAACAACGGGCACUCCACCAGUGUGGAGUUUGAUGACACCGUCAACAAAUCAGGUUCAUUCCAACUGAAUCACUCAAAUCUCUUAUGUGAAUUUAGCUGCAGGUUUGGUUAUAUGUUUUCCCCCUUUUUAUCACCUAUACUCGGCCUUCUUAUGACAAUAAGAGCGAAUACAGAACAAGUGAAAUAGAUCCCAAGUAAUCCCUUUUCUUCUCUGAAAAGUAUUAUUGCCCAAGUCUUUUCCAGGAGUAUGUAGCUUCCCUUUUUGCAAACAAUAAUUCUUAUUUAGAAGUUCUCUGAUGUAUUAUAGUCUUUGUAAUGUUACUGCCUUCAUCUUUGAAACCUUCUCUUGGAUUUUGGGCAAGGUAGCAUGCACCUCUUCAAGCUGUAGGAGUGCAGAAUCUUCAAGCAAUAAAAUAAUUUUGUGGCUGUGUGAGGCUUAGCUGAGGAUUCAAGGCCAUAGUGCUUUCAUAAAAGCAUCAAAGCCAGAGAGACACUAAUUUUUUGAUGACCCCUUAGUCCUGAGGACUUACUAGCUCAUAGUGGCAAGAGGGAGAGACAUAGAUGAAGACAGCAUCAUGUUUUUGUUUCCUGAACAGUCUUAGGUUUAAACUUUCUGUCAACAUUGGAUGUUGCCUGAAAGCCACCAGCUGACCAUCAAUGAUCAGUCUGACCUUGUGUCAGAUGCUGCGGAACUUCCCAGAAUUAAUCUCUGCUUCGAGCCUAGUAGAUGCUGGUGAACUAAAGCACAUCUCUUAGAAAAAUACACAAUCUUGAUUUCAAAUUUUCCAGCGAUGCUGAACCUACCACAGCCUUUGGUAAGUUGUUCUAAUUGUUAAUUACCCUCACAGUUUAAAAGAAAAAAAAGUUAAUGAAUGUGAAUACACCAAGAACCUCUUCCACUCUCUUAACUCCUUUCAUGAAGUGACAGGGCCUGAGCAAUGUUUCCGUAGGCUUCUCCUGGUACCAAAGCAAUGGUAAUGCGAUCCUCCUCUCACUGCUUUCCCCAGGUCGUAUCUCCAUGGAUGUAGUUCAUAUUGUGUCAAAGCACUGACAGAUGUUGAUCAGAUAAUUAACAGAUGGAAUACCCAGUCUCCUUCACUAGACUCCAUGUCUUCUAUGCAUGGACCAGAUUCUUCAGUCCACAAACAUAAAUGGAGUAAUUCACUAUUUCCCCUAGUAUUUGUCACUGACAAACUUUAUCAGUAUUGUUUUUGUUUUCUUUCAGGUCAUUGCUCAAAAAAUACUGAAUUUUCUAGGGCCCAAAUUUGGCUUCUGGGGCACCUCUGUGAAGUAAGAACUCCUGCCAUGUGUUGGUUUCAUGAAAACAAAAUCAAAUUAAUUGGUACUAAAUACAUUAGCAUCUCCUAAUGCAUUAUUAACUGACUCCCAUACGAACCAUUUCCUCACUUUGGUCAACACUGGAACUGGGCUUUGAAGUCUGUAACUGUUUGUUGCUGACUGGGGGGCCACUCAGCGGGACCUACAGGCUGCGCCAGAUCCACUUCCACUGGGGGUCCAAUGAUGAAGCUGGCUCUGAGCACACGGUGGAUGGGAUGAAGUAUGCGGCAGAGCUUCAUGUCGUCCAUUGGAAUGCAGAGAAGUAUUCCAGUUUUGUUGAAGCAGCUUGUCAGUCAGAUGGACUAGCAGUUAUGGCUGUAUUUCUGAAGAUUGGUGAAUGCAACCCUCAGCUGAACAAGAUUACUGACCGCUUGGACACCAUCAGAAUCAAGGGGAAAAAAGCACUAUUCACAAACUUUGAUCCCAGCUGUCUGCUUCCCACAUCCCUGGACUACUGGACUUACUUUGGCUCUCUCACUGUUCCACCUCUUCUUGAGAGUGUCAUCUGGAUUGUUCUGAGAGAGCCCAUAAGUGUUUGUUCUGAACAGCUGGCCAAAUUCCGCAGCCUCCUGAGCACUGCUGAGGAUGAGGUCGCCUGCUGCUUGCUGAGAAACUUCCGGCCUCCCCAGCCCCUGAGGGGACGAGAAGUCAGAAGGAAUUGAAGGAGUAAAUCCAGAGUAGGCUCCCUCUGAAACCAAAGACCAAAUUCAUUUUAAUAGUUAAUAUACUUUGUGAUGUUUAA